CUGAACCCGCGGUCAGAGAGUUUUGAGACUCUAUAACCCUAUAAACUCCCAACCACAACAACAACAGGAACAAUGCCCUUCCGCGUCCUCAGUUGGAAUAUAAAUGGUCUCCGUUCUUUCAAGACUGGCAUGAAGGAGUUUUUGUCAGGCUUAGAGGCUGAUAUCAUAUGUUUCCAGGAGACGAAAGUUACACGUAGAAAACUCCUGGAACCAGUGCUGAUAGUGAGUGGGUUAUUCACCUAUUUUAGUUUUCAAGAAAAAGGGAGCGGAUACUCGGGUGUAGCCACAUUUUGCUCACAGCGUGCUACACCUUUUGCUGCACAGGAAGGACUCUCAGGAAACUAUGUGGGUGAGUUGGAAAACGGAUGUGGAACAACUGAGGCUCUGCCAGCUGAGUGGGCAGCAGAAGAACUGAAAGAUCUGGAUAGUGAAGGUCGGGCUGUCAUCACACAACAUAUUAUUAAGAAAGAAGAUGGUUCUGAAAUCAAAACAGCUGUUAUUAAUGUUUAUUGUCCACGAGUGGAUCCUGAGAAGCCUGAACGUCGUGUAUAUAAAUUACGAUUUUAUGAGCUAUUGAGACAGAGAGCAGCUGCCAUUCGGUCUACAGGCUGUCAUGUUCUAAUUCUGGGAGACAUUAACACAUCACAUAAGCAAAUUGAUCAUUGUGAUCCUGAUGAAGCAGAGGUCUUUGAGAGACGACUGGAGAGAAGGUAUCUGAGCAGUUUUCUCAUCCCUUUGUACAAAAAAGAUGAUAUGGAAAAAGUUCUCUGUGGACACAAUGAGGUUGAUGAAGCUUCUGGUGAUAGUGAUUGCAAAGUGAAACGUGAUACACAUUGUCACAUGUCUCUCAGUGGUACAUCACCGUUAUUGUUAUCAGAAGAAAAAGAAGUUAGUGAAAAAUGUUUAAUACUUGAAGAUGUAAAUACUAAAAUAAAGGUAGAAAAAGAAACAUUAGAGAAAGAAACAUACAGAGAUAAACAGGAAGGCAAAACAAGCAGUCAAGAAUUUGAGGAAUAUGAAGUCAGUGAUGAUCAUUUGCUUGUGUCAAAUACAGACUUCCAAGUGGUUGAUACAUUUCGCUAUUUCUACCCCUACAAGAAAGAAGUAUUCACUUGCUGGAACACAUUUACUAAUUCUAGAUCCACAAAUUAUGGCACACGAAUUGAUUAUGUAUUUUGCGAUGAAGAAUUUCUCCCAUAUGUGGAUGAUAGCUUGAUUCUUAAUGACAUAAUGGGAAGUGAUCAUUGCCCUGUGGCUGUAGUAAUUAAAGGGGAAUUAGUUCCUUCAAGUAAGCUUCCCUACAGUUCCACUAAAUUCUUUCCAGAAUUUCGAGGACAGCAGCAAAAGUUAUCAUCAUAUUUUCAACCACAAUCGUCCAUACCUGAUGGUGAGACAUGGAGAAAUAUGAAUCGUAAUUCCCUUCCUAAGGCGGGAAAUUUAACAGAUCAGAGCUCACAUAGCACAGUAAAAAGGAAAAUAAACAAUAUUAAAUCUUCAAAUAAGAAAAAUUGUGCAGAUAAACAGAGGAAGUUGAGUUCCUUUUUCAGUAAAACAAUAAAUGAUCGAAAGAUUGCAGUAGUAUUACCAGAUAAAGAAGCUGGUGGUUAUGAGAGUCACAGUUCAGAUAGAACAGUUAAUGAUGUGGAAAGUACACCCACAUUAAUUGGUCCAUGUCAGUUAAAUCCAAAUGAAAGUGACUUCAAAGAUAUUCUAUCAGAUGACUUAGCUUCAUCUGGUGAAUGUAAUAGUUCUCAAGAAGACAGUCAAGAAUCUAGCAAAGUUAAAAGCAAAAAUUUAGGCUGGGAUUUCUUAAUGAAGGGACCGAAACCACCACCUCUCUGUCCAGGUCACAAGGAACCUGCUGUUGUGAUGACUGUUAAGAAAAAAGGGCCAAAUAUGAACCGGCAGUUUUAUGCUUGUGGUAGAGGUGUGGGCAAGGAAGGAGAUCCUAAUGCUCGGUGCAACUUUUUUAAGUGGGUAGGGAAGUAAAUUUCAGAUGACAGCAUAAAUACCAAAAUUAUUUGUAGUAAUAACUUGAAAAUACCUAGGUAGUAGGUUGGUAGACAGCAACUGCCCAGGGAGGUACUACCGUCCUGCCAAGUGAGUGCAAAACGAAAGCCUGUAAUUGUUUUACAUGAUGGUAGGAUUGCUGGUGUCCAUUUUUCUGUCUUGUAAACAUGCAAGAUUUCAGGUACAUCUUGCUACUUCUUACACUUAGGUCACACUACACAUACAUGUACAAGCAUAUAUAUAUGUACACACCCCUCUGGGUGUUCUUCUAUUUCCUUACUAGUUCUUGUUCUUGUUUAUUUCCUGUUCUCUCCAUGGGGAAGUGGAACAGAAUUCUUCCUCCGUAAGCCAUGCGUGUUGUAAGAGGCGACUAAAAUGCUGGGAGCAAGGAGCUAGUAACCCCUUCUCCUGUAUACAGUAUAUUACUAAAUGUAAAAGGAGAAGCUUUUGUUUUUCCUUUUCGGCCACCCCGCCUCGGUGGGAUACGGCCGGUGUGUUGAAAGAAAGAAAGAAGAACUUGAAAAUAAAAAUUUUAACUAUUUUGGUAAGCUAAAUUAUAAUAAUGUUCUUUAAUGCUUUUGUCUGUCUUUGCUAAGGACUAAGUUACAAAACAAUUGCUAUAGUUUAAAGCUCAGUAGAGGCAGAUGCUGUUCUCUCUGUAUUAUUUUUGGAAAUUAUGAUACUGUACCUAAAAAUGCAUUUGAAUCUUCUCUCUAGAUCCCAAAUACUGUACAUGUAUAUGUUUUUAAUUGAUUCUGAUCCCUCAAUGUAUAAGUUAAUUAAUAAACUUCACCCUUAUCCUUACUAUCCCAUUCCUAUUUCACACUGCCAGAGUGAGUCAGAUAGAAGCUAUUUGGUGGUGAGCCACAAGUAAAUGUGCAUAUAUGCACUUUAUUAAAUUGGUUUACUGCUUUAGUCUUUCUUAUUCUACACUGGUCAUCUCCCACCAAGGGAGGGUAACCCCCCCAAAAAAGGGAACACAUUCAGCAUAAUUCAUUCAAUUGCUGUCUUGUGAAAGUGCACAGACAUCACAGUACAAAUGAUCCUCUGAACUGCAGUAUCUAUGCCCCUCCUUCAGAGUGCAGGCACUGUACUUCACAUUGCAUGUAUUCGGAAUAUGUGAUAUAAAUUAUUUCCUGUCAUGUGAUAAAGAAGAAUUGCAUAAUAAUUUCAUGUACGUAAUUUCGUAACACUAUUGAAAAUUAAUACAGUGCAGUUUGUAUGUGCUGAGCUAUGACCAUCCAAUCUCAAUGUUUAUAUAAAUAUAGGCUAAGUAUGGAUGUAGUAUUUAGUUAUAUUUUAUUAUAUUCUUAAUAAAGUUUAAUAAGCUUUU